CUGCGUGAGCUGCUCUGAAAAAAUAAAAGGGCUUUUUAUUUGAGUAACGGUAUCAAAGACUCUGUGGUGUUACCAACCUGCUGCCACAUAUCAAAUGAAAUCAACAGUUCAUAAUUUUUACCUUCACUUAAAUUAAUUCCAUAUCUCCAGGAUGACUCAUGUUGUACCUCUUGUGUUUGCAUUUUGCUUGGGAGCGGUGGUACCUGCUUUGAGCUACCCGGAGACAGCUUUCGCCCCGCCGGUUCAGCCCUGUCUUGCGCCCUUGCAAUGGGAGGGCAGAUCCGUCGAAUACAACCACAACACAGGACGAAAUACACGGGCCUCGGUGUCGUAUGAUGCACAGAACCACAGAAUAAGGCUUCUUCAACAGAAUAAAAGACAUACACCAUGCCAGAAAUACUUUGAGUUUAUCUACCUGUACAACAGUGGCCUGCUGUUCCAGAUCGAGCAGAAGACGAAGCAGUGUUCUAAGAUCCCUUUGACCCAGACCUGGGACCCCUUUGACAUCCCUAUGAACUCCACCUAUGAGGACCAGUACUUUAUCGGUGGACCUGGAGACAUGAUCGAGGUGCAGGAGUGGUCAGAUAGGAAACCAGCCCGCAAAAAUGAGGCGUGGGUGGGCGUCUACACAGUGAAGGACUGCUACCCUGUCCAAGAGACCUACACCAGGAACAGCAGCAUCACUACCUCUACCCGCUUCUUUGACCUCCAGCUGGGCAUCAGCGACCCGGAAGUCUUCACACCGCCCAGCAGCUGCCAGUCAGCCCGCCCAGAGAGGAUGGACUCUGACUGCUGAGGCCUUCACCUUUCCCCUUUGACCCCAUGCUCGUUGACCCCAUGCUCGUUGACCCCAUGCUCUGUUUUCACAUUUCCCCCACUUUUUUUAUUUUUAAAUUUAACCUUUAUUUAACUAGGCAAGUCAGUUAAGAACUAAUUCUUAUUAGUGCCGGUUUAGGUGUAGGUCCAACUGUCCCGACAUCCCGGUUAGAGGAUGUAGAAUGACCAUCAGGAGACAGGGAGACAAGGCACACUUUAUUACCAAACACACACACAUGGCAAACUGGAAGAGGAGACUAUUAGUAGUGUACGUGUUGUAGUGGUUGACUACAAGAGAAGAGCAUGUAUUACAUAAUGGCAUUACAGGCUAAUGACUAUGUAAUAGCAAUGAGGAUGACACGUACUAUAAUGGUCAGGUAUUAGCAUAAGCUAAUGUGGUACACAGUAGGAUACAAUAGUACACUAUGGACAGAGCUACUAGCAUGUAUUAGCAGCUAGGCUAACAGUAUGGCUUACAAAGAGAAGUUUGUAGCAGCCAACUAAUGUAGCACACAUUAUGACAGAAUAUACAGGUGGGCUAGCAUAGCAUAGUAUACACAAGAUACAAUUAGUGGCGAGCAUAUGUAAAAUAUACAAGAUAAGCUAGCAUGCCAUCUUGGGUUCCAUAACAACAAUGAAGGGAUUACUCCUCAUGGCCUGGAUACUGUACUGUAGCCAGAACUAUGCCAAGCGGGUAGAUAACUUGUUUUAUGUUACAUGGGAUUGCAGACAGAAGUAAUCCUAACAUAACAACUACUGAAACAUGUAUAAGCAUAUACUAACAUAAUAAUAAUAUCAGCCUAUAACAUGUAAGCAGAUGUUUUGUAGUGAUUUCUAUGUUGAAAAUGUUAAGAAGAUUUGCUUGUCUAUGGUGUAUAAUGAGGAGCAACCAGAUGCUGAAUUUGACAUAUUUAUUAAUUUGCUUGUUCCAGUUCCUAAUAAGCAUGCAUCCAUUAAUAAAAAUGACUGUAAAAACUG